CCGGAAGUGCAUUCGCCCUCAGUAAAGAUGGCUGAGCCAUUUGGCAGCAUAGAAACGGGUCUGCGCCUGCGCAACAAGUUCGGCGGGGAAGAUGGCGGAUGACAAGGAUUCUCUGCCCAAGCUUAAGGACCUGGCAUUUCUCAAGAACCAGUUGGAGCACCUGCAGCAACGAGUGGAAGAUGAAGUCAACAGUGGUGUAGGCCAGGAUGGCUCACUCUUGUCCUCCCCAUUCCUCAAGGGAUUCCUGGCUGGCUAUGUGGUGGCCAAACUGAGGGCAUCAGCAGUACUGGGGUUUGCUGUGGGCACCUGCACUGGCAUCUACGCAGCUCAGGCAUAUGCUUUGCCCAAUGUGGAGAAAACAUUAAGGGACUACUUCCAAUCAUUUCGGAAGGGGCCUGACUAGCUCCAGAUCCCAUGGAAGAGAAAGG